AUGGCAGAAUUCCUCAAGGGUCUCUUCGGAGGGGGCCCCAGGGCGCAGCCGUCCAAGGUGGAUGAGACGGAUGAGGUCGUGCCACUACACCUGCUUGAUGAUCUCGCGGGAUACCGCAACACCUGCGUGAUAUGGACUUUGCGAUUCGACGAGGUGCUUGAUGCCGACAAAUUGAAAGAUGCACUAUGGGAGGUGUUCGAGAUGGAUGGCUGGAGGAAGUUGGGAGGUCGGCUGCACAAAACGGCGUCUGGGAAGCUCGAAAUCCACAUUCCCCGGCAAUUUACUGCCCAAAGACCUCCACUUAGAUACUCUCACGCCAAAGAAGACAUGCCUAUGUCCGCACACCCGUUGGCGUCCCAAUUACCCAGACCGACGGGCAAGCUGGAAACUCAUCCGAGCCCCCGACACUUCAAGUCCUUCGGUGUCGCACCUGGUGCGCCCGACAAGUUUGAAGACUACCUGAAAGAUGACGAGCCGCAGAUCGCCCUCCGGGUGGUCAACUUCAUAGAUGGCACCCUCGUAUCCCUCGUCUUCCUGCACACCAUCUGCGACAUCAUGGGCUUUGCAUCGUGGGUCAGCGCGUGGAGUCUCGCUUUGUCUGGCAAGAAGGACAAGAUACCUCCAUAUAUGGGAUUCCGUGACGAUCCAAUGGCCCAGCUUUACAAUGCACCCGCACCAAGGACCCCGUACAUGCUUGCCGACCGGCAGCUUUCGGGAUGGCGUUUGGGCAUCUGGGGCUUCCGGUUCAUGCUCGAGUCUUUGUGGUCUACUCCGCCCGAGAGUCGGAGUAUUUGUCUCCCAGACGAGCUCGUGAUGGCUCUGCGUAAAGCCGCGAAGGAUGACUUGAGCAAGAACGCCGGCCAAGAUGGCGGCACUGUGCCGUUCAUCAGUGACGGCGACAUCAUCACGGCGUUGGCGUCGCGGAUGGCUUGCGAGGAGUGGGCCCCUUUAUCUGAUAGAUCGGUCACGACGAUGCUUGGCGUGGACUCCAGGAGUCGCGCACCGACUGUCUUCCACCAGGACGCCGCCUACGUUCAGAACGCAGCUGUCGGAGCCUACUCAUUUGGCUCGUCGACGGAGAUCUUACAGACGCCGCUUGGACAGCUAGCGUUGAAGUACCGCAAUGAUCUAAUCGCGCAAAUGGACCUGGAUCAGGUGAUUGGAUUAUGCCGUCUCAACCGGGAAAGCCUUGAAAAGACGGGAAACGCCGUCAUGUUCGGCGACCUAAGUAGUGUGGUGGCUGUUGUGUCAAACUGGAGCAAGGCAAAGUUCCUGGACAUCGUAGAUUUCAGUGCCGCCGUUGCUACACCAGCCAGCGAGAAGGCAUCCGCAGAAAGCGGUGCGAAGCCGGGGCACCCUGCGUACUGGCAGCUGCAAGCACUGGGAUCCAGCAGGUUCUCGCCCACCGUGUUUGGUGUUGAGGGAAGAGAUGCAAAAGGCAAUAUGUGGUUGACAGGUGAUAUGCGACCAUCGACAUGGCUCAAAUUCGAGAAUUAUUUGAAACAGGUCAUGGAGAGGGCGUCGGUGAAUUCAUACGGGGUACAGAAAUGA